AGGAGCUCCGUGACCCGGAUGUACUCGCCGUGCGCUCAGACUACGGAGGCCGUGUUGUGUUUACGGCGGUGCCGCUCCUCCUGGUGGACUGAGAGGAAUCCGUAACCGACCCCCGGGGAUUGCAGGUCUGUCCGCCCUGAGGUGAUAUGUAGAUGAACGAACAUUGACAAUUUGCAAAAGAUGCCCCUUGGACUGAAGCCAACAUGCACCAUGUGCAAAACCACCUCCUCAUCCAUGUGGAAGAAAGGAAGCCAGGGAGAGAUCCUCUGCCACAGCUGCACCGGGAAAGGCAGCUCCGGGGGUGGUAACUACACCGGCAGCACCACGGCAAGCAGCACCGGCACAAGUUUCGCCAGUACUUCGACUGCCCAGCAGAGUAAUGGAGGCAGCACCAAACAGUCCAAGCAGGAAAUCCACAGGAGAUCGGCCAGACUGAGGAACACGAAAUACAAGUCUGCCCCAGCGGUUGAAAAGAAGGUUUCCACCAAGGGAAAAGGCAGGCGACAUAUAUUUAAACUGAAAAACCCUAUUAAAGCUCCAGAAUCUGUGUCUACAAUAGUGACUUCUGAUUCCAUCUUCCACAAGGGUCUCUAUUAUCAGACUGGGGAUGUGAUUUCGGUCGUGGAUGAUGAUGACGGUAAAAUAUAUUAUGCCCAGAUCAGGGGCUUUGUUCAGGAUCAGUACUGUGAGAAGAGUGCAGCCCUGACAUGGCUCAUCCCUACAGCCUGCAGCCCAAAGGACCGCUUUGAUCCAGCGACAUACAUCGUCGGUCCAGAUGAAGAUCUUCCUCGGAAAAUGGACUGUUUGGACUUUGUGUGCCAUGCCCCAUCUGAAUACUUCAAGUCCCGAUCAUCGCCGUUUCCCACGCUACCCUCCCGGCCUGAGAGAGGGUAUAUCUGGACUCACGUCGGCCCCACCCCUGCAAUCAAUAUUAAGGAUGCUGUUGGCAACCAUUUAUGAUUGUGUCUGGACACUGGUGGUGACCCUGAUAAACGCGGGGUCGGUCAUGUAACACAGGAAGGUUUGUGGAAUCGCAAUAAGGACUCUCCUUCCAGCUUCUGUAGAUUAGAGCGAAAGCCAUAAACCAGUCACAACAUGGCGCAGGAGCUAUUCGGCUGCAGGAAUGGCCCCAAUAGUCCUGUAGCGCCCUCUAUAGGGCUUCAGGCCACAGGGUAAACAGUGGUGUAAAAAUACACAGUCUUCAGAAGUGACUUGUAGUGAGGAGCAACAGAGGAUCAGAUGCAUGUGAAUUGUUGGGGUGUGCCCUACGGGAAGCACAGAGCCUCACUUCUGGAUAAGGUCCUGAUGAGUGAUCGGUGCAGCUGCUCGGCUUUUGAUAUUUUCUCUUUUUACCUUUUUAUCAUGGUACAUUUUGAUAAUCUGUCACUAAAUACAAGCUGCAGCGAGA